AUGCCGUCAACCCGAUGUUCUUGUAUUGCCAAGGAGUGUGCCAAAACUAUUGAUCUUACAAAAAGCAACACAUUUAGGGAAAUUUCAACACCUGCAUACGAGUGGCUACGUGAUCGGCUUGAGUCGAAAGGAAUAACUUUUAACAACGAUAAUUUAAUUUAUUUAUGUAAAGCUUGUGAAGCAAAAUAUCGAAGGGAGGAGAAACAGAUAGACGAAGAAAAUGAACGUGUGUUUAAAGACUCCACGUUAUCAGUUCCAAAUCCAAUUAUUCCAGCUCAAAAAUGUUUUCAAAUUCCCACGCAAGUGAAUUUUUGCUGCUUUUACUUAUUUGUAGAACACGAUGUCUACGUUUAUGCUCGGCAAAAGUGUUGCGGCUCUCAUUUGAAAGGUACACGUUUAAAUCCGGAUAUUACCAUUGAUACCAGGCAAUAUGAACCAACAAUGCUUACUAUCGAAGAAGCUUCCAAUUUAAUUUUUCAGUUGAAAAAUGAUAUAAAGAACAAACGAAAUCGUUCACUACUUUCCCUCGAUAAUCCGUUAAUUGAUGAAGAAGACCUGAAAAGUUGGACUGGUUGGAAGAAAUCAGAUUUACAAACAAUGUACACAACAAUAUCAGAUUCAAAAGUGAUGAGAGACAGUAAACAUCGUUCGGUGGCUGAUGCAUUAAUACUUUAUUGGGUGAAAAUGAAGACAAACUUGAGUUACAGUCAAAUUGGUACACUGUUUAAUUAUGACUUGAGUGCUGAGGAUCGAGGAAAACGAUUCAAUCAUUUAACUCCUCAACAAAUAGAGUCACAUGACACAAUCUAUUCAAAAAUGUUUUUUGGAGAUGGUAAUAAAAUAAUGUUAGAUGCCACAUACUUAUUUAUCAACAAAAGCGGCGAUAAUGUGCUACAAAAAAAAACGUAUUCUGGUCAGAAAAAGAAGCAUUACGUAAAAACCUUGUCAGAAACUUUAUCCGAUGGAUAUGUUUUAGCAGUUGAAGGACCUUUUCCAGGUUCUAAAAAUGAUGCACAAAUUACCGAAUAUUUAUUGGAAAAUGAUACUGAAUUAAGAAAAUGGUGUCAACCUGGAAACUGUGUAAUUUUUGACCGGGGUUUUGAUCGUGUACGCGAGCUUUUCGAACAAAUGGGCGUUGAUUGUAAAAUGCCAACUUUUUUAAAAUCAAAACAACAUUCAGUUGAAGAAGCAAAUCAUACACGACUGAUUACUAAAAUUCGUUGUUCAAUCGAAAUGUAUCAUGGACGAUUAAAAAAGUUUCAAUUUCUUUAUCAAACUAUCCCGAAUUCAUUAUUCGAAAAAAUUGUGCCGUGUGUAAAAAUCAUCACAGCAGCAUUAAAUGCGUUCCGUCCACCGCUUAUUAAACCAACUGACCCCGAAAAAGAAGAAAAGCUGGCAAAAAUAAUGAAAAUUCGAGUAGAAUCAGUCAAUACAUUAAAGGAAAGAGUGUUGGAACGUCCAUUUAAUUCGAGGUGCAAAUGGGAAAAACUAGACGGGACUCAAAUUGAUUUUCCACAGACGACAGAAGAUCAACUGAGAGACCUGUGUUUUGGUGUGUAUCAGAUAAAGCAGGCAAAAACAUACUCCGAAGCUCAUCUGAAUAAAAAUGACGGAGAUUAUGAAGUUGAAGUUAUAAAAGAAACAGACACAUUGAUUCGAUGUAAAACUGACUCACGUCAUUCCGGUUCUACUUAA